CCAGGUAGAAUUGAUUCAGAAUGUUAACGGGAUAUUAUCGUUUCAUAUUUCAUUUCAUAUGCCAAACUUUUGGCUUCCUGAAUUCAAGCCUCCUUCAGAAUUUGUAAAUUCGAUGUGAAUGCUGUUAGUACCAUCACGACGUUCUGGUCUGUUAAGAUACUACCCAGAGCAAAUGUUGGAAAGUAGCAAUAGUAACUCAAGGAGGCCCUAAACUCUAUCAUAAGGCAAGAUCUUCUGAUCAUUAUGCAUGUACGCCAAUAGAAAGUUGACUAUUUAAAAAAACCCAACUCACAACUCGUGGCCACUGCAGUUGUUUAGUAAACACAAUGUGAUAACGUUCCCUUCACGUCGGAAAGAACAAUGCAUUACGGUUUCUGGGCAGUCGCCGUGCUUCUGCUGAGCGAAAAUGCAUCCGGCCACAGAGUCAAGCGAACCAACGCAGAAAAUUUCAACGCACUUAUAAACUUGUACAAGAUAAAUCCGUUAAAGAAAUCUAAAAUAUUCCGUACCUACGCCGAUCAAAUUCUAUUGUCAAACAAACAAGACACAACACAAAGUAGUGUCUUGAAUAUUGAUUCGAAUGAAAGCACAAGAAUGAAACAAGCGAAAACCGAUUUGCAUAUGAAAGAAAUCGACGAAUACAUCCACGUGACGAACUGCACUAAGACGGCAAUUGCGAAUCCUGAUUUCGAUGUACAAGAUGUCGGAGCAGAAAAAUUCAAUUUAAGCUUUGAUGGAAAUCAAAUAUUUGAAGUUAAGAACGAAGUGAAAGCUAAAGAAAAUAGUUUAGGUAACAUAUUAGGGCAUUUAAAUAGCGGUGAAAUAAUCGCAAAUCCUGUUGCAGCAUUCGAUGUCGUCACUCAAACUAAUGAUUUGGGUGGUCUUAGAAAUGAGAAAGAUUCAUUUAAGUACGAAGAUAUAAAUGCUAAAGAUGACCUAGGUAACGAAGUGCACAGUUAUCCUAAUAGUGAAGUAAUAGUAUUCAGGUAAAAGGGGUUUUAAUAAAGCAACUUUUUAAAUUUGAAACUUA